CAUGAAAACUAUAACAAGCACAAAAUGGUUAUGAGAUUGGUCCCAGGGACCAAGCCCGUGCUGAAAGAGUUAAGUGGAAGAUAACUCAUGGCUAGUGGAAUGCACAAAAUCUGAAAGGCAGACAUGUGAGGGAUAGCUGUGUGUGCAUAGAAGAGUAUUAAUUAUCUCAAUCUAAAUGAAGAGUAUUAUGGAGUUUUCAAGUUUAACAUUCGGAAUUUUUGGAGGAAUAAGUAUGUGUUGUGGGGUUGCUCUAGGGUGGUUCUUUCAAGGAAGACUUUGGAAAAAGCAACAGAAAUUACUAAGGAUUGCCUCAGCUUUAGGAGCAUCUACAACAGAGGAGAGUUUUUCUGACUGGAAAGGAGAAUGCAAAUUGGUACUUAUUGUACGUAAUGACUUGAGAAUGGGAAAAGGAAAAAUAGCAGCCCAAUGUUCCCAUGCAUCUGUUCUUGCCUACAGACAAACCCAGCAAAGGAAUGCUGAACUUUUGAAAGAAUGGGAAAUGUCGGGCCAGAGGAAGGUAGUUGUGAAAGUGGAUGAUGAGAUGACCUUGAUGGAGCUUGCACACCAUGCACGUAAAGUGGGGCUACUGACAAGUAUUGUUUGUGAUGCUGGACGAACCCAAAUAGCUGCUGGAAGUAGAACAGUCCUUGGCAUCGGUCCUGGAUCCUGCCAGCUGGCUGGUGUUACUUCCCAGAGUAUGCUUAUUCCCCAAACUCCACAUCAGGAUAGGGAUAACACCUUUCUCAGACAUCCAGUGAGGAUCCAGGCACUUACCCAAAUCUCCCCUUUGCAAAUUCUCCCCUUUUCUUCAAGUCGAGCUUGGGAAAUCCUUGCCACAACAGUUCCUAGCUGCUGGGGUGGUGGACCUUGGAGAGUUCUUCACUGAUUGUGUACAGCACAAUACAGUGGUCCUGAGGAGCUGGUGGACAAGAUUACUGGACACUUAAAACUUUUAUAAUGUUAAUUCCAUAAAAACAAUGAAAUUCAUAAUAAAGACAACUUAUCUUUCA